GUCCACCGGACACUCUGUCUAUCCCCGUCUCUGCUUUAGAAAUACCCCUUUAGCAUUGAUGCCCACGUCCUCUUGACAACUCUUCACACCUGAGAUCUCCACCCACUCCCGCAUCAGCUCACACAUAUGUCUUUGCGACAGGUGGACAGAGGCGGCAAGCGAACGCAGCUUUAACAGUUCAUGGCUGUUGAGUGGAUUCGUCUGUUGACGUUCUGAAAACCUGUUUUUGUCUUCGAACUGAGAGGGAGAUCCCUUUUUUUGUUUUGGGACUGAAAAGGUACAUCGACCUUUUCUGGUAUAAUCCUGAUUUAUUUUUAAAUUUCACUUCAUCUGGUGGAGAGCCUCAAGUGAACAGUAACCAUGUGGGAGUUCCGGUCCAUGAAUUUUUGGCGGGCGGUCUUUGCAGAGUUCUUUGGGACCAUGUUCUUCGUAUUUUUCGGCAUGGGCGCUGCCCUGCGCUGGACCACUGGGCCUCAUCAUGUCCUCCAUGUGGCCCUCUGCUUUGGGCUGGCAGCGGCCACCCUCAUCCAGUCUAUUGGCCACAUCAGCGGCGGCCACAUCAACCCUGCCGUCACCUUCGCCUACCUUAUCGGCUCACAGUUGUCUCUUUUCCGCGCCGUUUUCUACAUCGUGGCCCAGUGCCUGGGCGCUGUGGCUGGGGCCGCUGUGCUGUACGGGGUCACACCUGGUAACAUGAAAGGCAACAUGGCGUUGAACACGCUGCAGCCUGGCAUCAGCCUGGGAAUGGGCACCACCGUGGAGGUCUUCCUCACCAUGCAGCUCGUGGUGUGCAUCUUCGCCGUGACGGAUGAGAGGAGAAACGGACGCCUGGGAUCUGCCGCCCUCUCCAUCGGCUUCUCCGUCACCAUCGGACAUCUCAUGGGGAUGUACUACACCGGUGCUGGAAUGAACCCUGCUCGCUCCUUUGCUCCUGCUGUGCUCUUCAGGAACUUCGUUAACCACUGGGUGUACUGGGUCGGGCCGAUGAUAGGAGGUGCCUUGGGCGCCCUCCUGUACGAUUUCAUGCUGUUCCCACGCAUGAGGGGUCUGUCCGAGCGCCUGGCCACCCUGAAGGGCAGCCGGCCCCCAGAGAGCGAGACCCAGCAGGACACCCGCGGCGAGUCCAUCGAGCUCAAGACGCAAGCCCUAUAAACCCGCUCCUGCACCCCCCUUCUCCGAUCAUGAUAAGGGACAAGGCCCUGAGCUGCGCCAACCCCACCUCCACUGCCCCCUUCACCACCACCAGCCAUGCCUUCACACAGCGUCGCACGAGACUAACCCGAAUACUCACAUCUAGACUAAUACCAUUCUCCCAGUGUAGAAACCCCAACACACAGUCACAUACACACACACACACACAAACACACAUAGGUUUACAUCCUUCAACCUCAGCACACAUCAAGACUCCUCUAACCCCCCCCUGAGUCCUCACUUUAUAUUCUGAGCUGGACACUGUGCCCUGAUGAUAAGUGGUGACCAGCACCUGAACCAGCAGCCACCUCGUCUCUCCCCCACCGUCCGCCCGCCUGCCUCCUCCACCCGGCCAGGCCUUCAGCGGAGACGCAAAACAACGGAGCGCGGAAAAGCCUCAGAUCGAGGAUGGAGGGGUCUGUGGAGGCCGAGGCAGGGAUGUGGGUACAAGGGUCAGAGGGCAUGGGGGCGAGGUGAGGGUGGAGCAAAGGGGUGGGGGAUUGGGGCUUGGGUAGAGAGGGCAACACUCUGGGUUUGUGGUCGUUUCAAGUUGGGUUAGACCAGUGAAGAUGGUCAUGCUUUUCAUUAUUCACCUGAAUUUAUCUCCAUUUUAGUUUCUUUUCUUAGGUUCAUUUUGUUUUCUGCACUUCAGACACGAGACGUGGAUGUAUGAUACCAUUAGAAUUUUACCAGGGUUUCACUAUUUUCAAUCACUACAUUUUAUCUGUGGGUUUGUGUUUGUGUGUGUGUGUGUGUGUGGAUACCUCUGCAGUACGUGUGAGUGUGUGCGUGAGAGUGAGCGCGUGCAUGUGUGCGUGCAUGCCCCGUACGUGCGCGUGUGUUUGCAAAGUGAGUGUGUAUAUGUGUAGCUUGCAGAUACAGAACUUUUUAUUUCGUUUUUAUUUUCAUUACCGCUCUCCUGUCUCGUCCCAGUGACUGUGUUCAUCCGUCAACACUUUUUAAGACACCAUCAUUUCUCCUCCCCUCACUGUGGUAUUUGCUAUGAUUCAUUUUUACACAAACCAUCUGCUUUUUUGUUCUGAACCAGCGCAAUCCGAAGGAAAUGUUGUAUCCUAUAUUGGCUUUGAUAGUGGGUCUGUUCACUGCAGAUCAGCUGUGCAAGCUUUUACAUUGAGUCUUAUUUGAUCCUUACUGGGAGCACAAGGCGUUUCAAUAAAAUUUCAACAUUAAUAAACAUUUAA